AUGGCCGCGGAAAUACAACCAGUGUCGCGCGUGCGGCGCCCAUCCGGUCCGGCGACUGAAACGGCCGAUCAAGCACAUUGGAAAACGUUCAAGAACCAGCUCUUGCUUCCUUCACCUCACAAUGCCGGUGUUACCUCGAUCACAAUUCCAGACUACAACCCAACCGGUCCACAGGCAGAUACAUUUGCUGUCACGAGCGGCGGCAGAGUCCAAACAUACAGUGUGAAAACCCGCAAACUGGUCAAGACUAUCAGCAGAUUCGGGGUAGACGACACGGCAAGAUCUGGAGUGCUGAGACGAGAUGGGCGCAUUUUGCUUGCUGGAGGUGAUAGUGGUAUCGUUCAAGCGUUCGAUACUGGUUCAAGAGCUAUUUUGAGACAAUGGAGAGGCGAGCAUGCACACAAGCUGCCAGUGCAUGCGGUCAGAUGGAGUCCGACCAUCCUCACGGACUUAAUGAGUUGCAGCGACGACAGGACAGUGCGGAUCUGGGAUCUGACAGAAGAUGCUGCUAAAUGGACAGGAAUAGGACACCAAGACUAUGUACGAAGUGGCGCAUAUCUUCCCGGACAGGGCGGACAUAUGGUCGUCAGUGGAAGCUACGAUCAGACUGUGCGGGUGUGGGAUACAAGAAUGAGCGGCAACACAGGUGCUAUGACGUUGAAGUUUGCGUCUCCAAUCGAACACGUUCUGCCACUGAAUAGCUCCACCCUGGCGGCCGCUGCUGGAAGUGAGGUUUCUAUCGUCGACCUCGUAGCUGGAAAAGCGCAGCACGUCAUCAGAUCACACCAGAAGACUGUCACUAGCAUAUCCACUGCGCAGAAUGGCUCGCGCAUCCUCACGGGUGGACUCGACGGUCAUGUGAAAGUACACAACACCGUCAGCUGGGAAGUCGUGGCCGGGUUCAAAUAUCCUGCGCCAGUUCUGAGUCUAGCCGUGGUACCAUCAGCCACUGGUACCGAAGCCGAGCGAGACGAUCGACAUCUAGCUGUUGGUCUACAGAGUGGACUACUGUCGCUUCGAACACGUCUAGCGGGAGCAGAGAAGGUUCGCGCACGAGAACGUGAAAAGAAGAUGCAAGCCAUAGUUGCGGGAACGGGAGAUGAGUACGAGCGCAGACAGAAAAAGAAAGACAUACGUCAAGGCAUCCGCGCGCGAGACCGAGGAAAAGACUUCAAAGGCGAAGGCGCAGACAUUGUAAUCACGGGGAACGAGCGUCCACGAACAAACAAAUUGCAACCAUGGCAAAUGAGUCUCAGGCAAGGAAACUAUGUUGAGGCGCUGGACCUGAUCUUGCCCAACGAGAGCCGAAAGACAUUUCAGAAGGAGGACUUCUUCACAUGUCUAACAGCGCUACGACAUCGCAGCGCUCUCCGGACAGCUUUGGCUAAUCGAAGCGAAGAGCGCAUCAUACCGCUUUUGAAAAUGGUCUACCAGUAUAUCACGUAUCCAGAACAUGUGGAUAUGCUGCAAGACGUCACGCUUCUACUCUUGGAUCUGUAUGCUUACCGAACGAAUGACUGGCUGAAUGAUGAUGGUGAAGGCAAAGACGCAUACAGGUUGCUCAUGCGGGUCAAGGCCCGUGUCCGAACUUGCGCAGAGUGGGCAGAAUCCGCCAAUCGAACACUUGGGAUGCUUGAAAUGCUUCAAAGCGGGUGA